AUGAAGCUUUUCCCUUUGGCAGUUCUCUUUCUCCUCCUUGGAGGGAACGAAAGCAAGGUUAUCUCGCCCUGCUAUUUGGCCCAAAUGCUGCAUGAAGCCAAGGUGGAUGGAUUCGGGGGCGUCUCCUUGGCUGAUUGGAUCUGUUUUGCUACUCAUGGCAGUAAGCUGAAUAGCGGAGGCCUCAUUACAUAUAUAGGAGGCUACAGGAAUUAUGGGAUUUUCCAGCUGACCAACACAGAACAUUGCCAUGAUACUGCCAAAGACUCAGAGAAUAUCUGCAAGACCUGCUGCGUUUAUUUCCUCAACGAAGACCUAUCAGAUGAUAUUGAAUGUCUUAAGAGACACAUCAUGGUCCAUGGAGGGCUGAAAUCUUGGUCAGCUUGGAGAGACCACUGUAGAGACAAAAAUGUUCAUCACUACAUUGAGGAUUGUGGGCUCGAUAUCAAGGAACCAUGAUCUAAAAUUGUGGAAAUGUUCCUUUUCCCUUGUUCAGUUGGAUUUGACAUUUGUGGAUCAGAUUAUCUGCAGAUUCAGUAUAUAAACGUCCUCUCUCUGGAA